GGGCUACGUACACAGCUGUCGCGUUGGAGUGGCUAGCAUCAGUUGCCAUGGUCGACAUGUCUCUUUAGCGACGUAGGUUUAAGUCCAUCGAACUUCAGCGUUCUUUCAUUACGAUGAAUGUGAUACCUUUAAGCAUUUGGAAAUUUCUCCCAAGGAUGAACCAGACUUGUGGAGGUCCACAAUUUUUCUUCUGAGGUCUUGGCUGAUUUCUUUUGAUUUUCCCAUGAUGUCAAGCAAAGAGGCAUUGAGUUUGAAGAGCAGAUUAUCAUGGCAGAGACAGCUGACAUCAAGAAAGAUGAGGCAGACUUCAAGAGACUGCACAGCUUCCCUCUCAUACGGCAUACAGACAUGUCUGAAGAGAUGAGAGUAGAGACCAUGGAGCUCUGUGUUACAGCCUGUGAGAAGUUUGCCUCUAAUAAUGAGAGUGCUGCUAAAAUGAUAAAGGAGUCGAUGGAUAAGAAGUUUGGAAGCUCUUGGCACGUGGUGAUUGGCGAGGGCUUCGGUUUUGAGAUUACCCACGAAGUGAAGAACCUGCUUUACAUGUUCUUUGGAGGAAGUUUGGCGGUGUGCGUGUGGAAGUGUUCAUAACCCACAGUGACCCACAAAUACACUAAGACAGUCCGGCACGUACGCAUACUUUUACAGAGCAAAAACAACUUGCAAAAUCAAAUCUCAUGGUUGCCAUGUGCUUUCUGGCAUCAUAUCCAUUCAUAACGGUGCUGCACUUUUGUUUGUCUGUAAAUUCAGUGCUGAACGGGGUUUAUCAUUUCUUACAGUUUAUUUUGAAAGUGGCAUUUCAUGUUCUCCUCUCCCUUUAACAGUUCUCUCAAAGCUGCCAUGCCAUCUGUGUAAUUUAUUGUCCAUCUUUGUCCUUUCUCCAUCUGCCUAUUUCUCACCCCAUCUCUCUCUUUAUCUGUCCUUUCCCUAUCUCCUCUAUGAAUAAUUUUUUUUCUGAUUGAUAAUGUAUUUUUAUAAGACAAAUUGCUAUUUUUUAAUUCAAAUGUGAAUACAUGCAAUCUGUUUUUUAAACCUUCAGAUAUUUAUAGGCUGUGGUUGUACAUUUUAUACAGCUGUAAUGUUAUUUGUAUUUGAUUUAAAUGACUAUUACGUCAUUGUCUUGUGUAAUAAAACCCUGUUACCCCUUUA